AUGAUGAAGCCAGAGGACGUCGAGAGAAAAAAGAGCGAAAUAGAAGAGGCCUACAUUCGGCUGAGCAGAAAGCAAGAGCAGAUCCCCGCAUAUCUAAACGAGGACUCUGAAAUCAUGGGAAGCGACCCGCUUGAGCUUUGCAUUUCGCACCCAAUCACACAAAAGGAGAAGGGGUGCAUUUCGCACCAGCCUCUGCACAAGAAAAAGCCCAAGGACGCAAAGCCCUCCCAAAAGGAAGAGGAAAAAGAGCUGGACGAGUCGGUGGAGUGGGACACAAAAGAAGAUGGCGUGGGCCGAUUCGACGAGCACGGGAACUUUGUAAUAGACAGCCAGACCGCAGACGAGCCAUCUACUGGAGACGAGUGGACAGUUGUUGAGCAAAAGCCCAAGAAGAAGAAGCAAAAAGACAGGGAGGAGCAGCUAACGUACACUGCAGUCCAAACCGCAGAGUACAAGAGCGACCCCAAGACAGUUAAAAAGCAAAAGGAGAAGGGAAAGCCUGCAGAGCACCAAGAGGAGAGCGACGUGGAUAGCGAUGGAUUUAAGCUUGUGCAGGAUAAAAAGGGAAAGAAAAACAAAAAGCACUGA